AUGCCAGAGAGAGUGUGUUGGUUCCAGGGGCAGAGUUACCACAAGCUGAAGAGGGCAUGUCUGCAGCGGGGCAAGCUCUUCAAGGACCCCCUCUUUCCCCCAUCCGCACUGUCACUCUUCUACAAACGAGCCCCACCCCCUGGACUCACAUGGAAGAGACCACGGGAGCUGUGUAAGGACCCUCGUCUCUUUGUGGAUAGGAUCAGCACAUGGGACCUGCACCAAGGCAGCUUAGGUAACUGCUGGAUGGUGGCGGCCACUUCCUGUCUGGCCUCGGAGCCAUCGCUGUGGAAGAAGGUGAUUCCUGACCAUGUGGAACAGGAGUGGAAGCCCAAGCAUCCGGACCUGUACGCCGGAAUCUUCCACUUCCGCUUCUGGCGGCUUGGCCGCUGGACAGACGUGGUGGUGGACGACCUCCUGCCUGUCAGCGAGGACGGAACGCUGCUCUUCUGCCGCUCAGCCACGCCACGGGAGUUCUGGAGCACCCUGCUGGAGAAGGCCUAUGCCAAGUUGAAUGGCUGCUAUGAGGCACUAGAAGGCGGUAACACGGCAGAGGCCCUCAUAGACUUCACAGGGGGGGUAUCGGAGCCCCUAUGCCUGGACAGGGAGGCCCUCACCCUGCACCCCGAUCAGAGGAGGGCGCUGUUCCAGACCCUGGCCAAGGCCCACGGACGCAAAGCCCUCAUCACCUGUUCUAUACGGCCAGCGGAGGGAGAGAGAGUAGAGUCGGUGCUAGACUGUGGUCUGGUGCGGGGCCAUGCCUACGGUAUCACCGCGGUGAGGAAGGUGCGUCUGGGGGAGUGGUCACUGCUGCCUGGCCGUUGUAGCGGGACGUCCCGUCUCGGCAUGGUGCGCAUGAGGAACCCCUGGGGUACAGCCGACUGGACCGGGCCCUGGAGUCAGGGGUCUCAGCAGUGGCAGCAGGUUGGUCGUGGUGAGAGGGAGAAGAUGGGCCUCAUUGUCAGAGAUGUGGGAGAGUUCUGGAUGGAGUUUGAGGAUUUCUGCCGCUACUUCACAGAUGUGGUGGUGUGUCGUCCGGUAGAACGAGCCCUGCUGUGGCCCAGCACCCACUGGAGAGAGGUUCGCUGCCAUGGGGAGUGGGUCCCAGCCCCCAACACUCCCGGGGCAACCCCUGCCACCCUCCUCCCCGGCCGCCAGGCAUCCAACCUCGGGAAGAACACAGCCAAGCGUGGGGAGGUGAACCAGACUCUGAGAGGGGACCGGAAGGAGGCAAGAUUGGGGAAGAGACGGAGAGGUCAAGGAGGAGGAGGCGGAGGAGGGAGGGACAAGGUGGCUGUAGCGAAGAAGGAGGGGGCGAAGAAGACAAAGAGGAAGGAGGAGAGUGUGAAGAAGGAAGGAGAGGUGGAUGGACGGUGGGAUAAACACAUGGAUAAGAGGAGUAGGUGUGGAGGAUGCAUCAACCACAAAGACACCUUUCUACACAACCCCCAGGUGAGCUUACCCUAUAUAUUUCUACACAACCCCCAGGUGAGUUUACCCUAUAUAUUUCUACACAACCCCCAGGUGAGCCUACACUAUAUAUUUCUACACAACAUCCAGGUGAGCUUACCCUAUAUAUUUCUACACAACCCCCAGGUGAGCUUACCCUAUAUAUUUCUACACAACCCCCAGGUGAGCUUACCCUAUAUAUUUCUACACAACAACCAGGUGAGCUUACCCUAUAUAUUUCUACACAACAUCCAGGUGAGCUUACCCUAUAUAUUUCUACACAACAUCCAGGUGAGCUUACCCUAUAUAUUUCUACACAACAACCAGGUGAGCUUACCCUAUAUAUUUCUACACAACAACCAGGUGAGUUUACCCUAUAUAUAUAUUUCUACACAACAACCAGGUGAGUUUACCAUAUAUAUUUCCACACAACCCCCAGGUGAGCUUACCCUAUAUAUUUCUACACAACAACCAGGUGAGCUUACCCUAUAUAUUUCUACACAACAACCAGGUGAGCUUACCCUAUAUAUUUCUACACAACCCCCAGGUGAGCUUACCCUAUAUAUUUCUACACAACCCCCAGGUGAGCUUACCCUAUAUAUUUCUACACAACAACCAGGUGAGUUUACAUAUAUAUUUCUACACAACAACCAGGUGAGCUUACCCUAUAUAUUUCUACACAACAACCAGGUGAGCUUACCCUAUAUAUUUCUACACAACCCCCAGGUGAGCUUACCCUAUAUAUUUCUACACAACAACCAGUUCAUGUUUGAGGUGCAGGGAAAGGAGGAUGAGGUGUUGAUCUGUCUGCAGCAGGAGGACAGGAGGAUAAAGAGGAAGGACGGAGGAGGAGCAAAUCUGCCCAUUGGCUUUGAGGUGCUGAGGAUGGUACACGUGAAAGCCCCUCCUCCGGCCUCCAUGAGCGCAGCACCUCCCAGCUCCAUAGGCACCGGAGCAGUGGUGCUGGGAGAAGGAAUCGACAGAGCCCUCUCUGGACGUCCGCGGGUGACCAGCAGGUCGAAGGUGGAGAUGAACCGUCUAAGCCGUGUGCAGUGUGUGGUAGAGCAGGCUGCAAGCUCUGUGUACAUGGACUCCCGUAGCGUUGCCCUGCGAGUGACCCUGGUCCCAGGCCGCUACGCCCUCCUCCCCACCACCUUCCAACCUAGGGCCACCGGACGCUUUCUGCUACGCCUCUUCUCACAUUCACACCUCAGACUCAGUCCAGUGUAG